AUGAUGCAAGUGCAAAACAUGCAAUCAGCAUCCCCAUUUUGGAAUGCCGGUGGCCAUUUCCUGGUCACUGGAAACAGCUCACCCUGCCCGGACAAUGGCGACGACAUAGACAUUGUCGUUGCAACUCCAUUGCCCUCCACAUCGUCAUCAACGUCGAGUCGAGGGAAACCCACGAUGGAAGAAGUCAUGGACGAACUGCAGAGCCGAUUCCUCAUGAACCUUCCACAGUCUGAACUGGCGUCGAGCGAACGAUUGUUUUUCCAAAUCGAGCAAUGCUACUGGUUUUACGAAGAUUUCUACGCCGACCACCACAACCACCUCACCCAUCUCAAGCUGAACGAUUUUGCGCGCAAGAUGUUCAACCACUGCGUGCUCCUCCAGCCGCUCAAGCAACAGUGCGAAAGCAUGUUCCAGGACUUUAAGACGUACCAGAGCCAAAUCCCUGUAGUCGGGUGCAUCUUGUUGAACCCGGCCAAGACGAAGCUCGUCCUUGUGCGCAACUGGAAGGGCACAUCGUGGAGUCUGCCACGUGGCAAGGUAAAUCAAGGCGAGACCGAUUUGGACUGCGCUCGGCGUGAAGUGUUUGAAGAGUGCGGGUACGACACAUCGACGAUCGUGUCGGCCGACGGCGUUGGCAUCAACGCUAAAGACUUCAUUGAAUUCCACGUGAACCAGCAGCGCAUUCGCAUGUAUAUUGUCACGAACGUCCCUGAAGAGUUCAACUUUGCGCCCCAGACACGCAAGGAGAUCAGCUUGAUUCAGUGGUUUGAGUUCGACGAAUUGCCCAAGAAGACAUGGGGGGUGCUCCCUUUCAUGUCGCGGUUGCGCCGGUGGAUCACGAACGAAGCCAAGAAGGCCACCAAUACCAAGAAGAAAUCGAGUCGCAGCAAUACGCCGGUAAAAAACCGAUCCGUGUCUGCCCCGCGCAACCGCCCCGGACAUACCGGCAAGCCCGUCGCGCCUGCAAGUCCCCCGACGACUCCGCCGCUUCCAAAGACGCAUGUUGUCGCGUCAAACCCGCAUCUCCAACACAUGGCGUCGUCUAGGUCCAUGUCGACGCCACAUGCGCGACCGAAAGCCAAGACGCUGCAGUCUCGUGGCCACUUCGGCACGGAGCGGCAAAGCUCGACGUCACUUGACCAUGUGAACGCCGAAACGUUUGGAGCCCUCAGCAACGCGACGUUUAGCUUCAACGUGGACGAAAUGUUUCGCGUGAACGAGCAACUCACUGGCGCAACGUUUAGCUAUGACGGCAACCCACACGAUUUCGGCAAAGUCACGCCGAAGCGCGCCGAUAUUCAGACGCGGCUGCUUGCAUCUCCGCAUCCUGUUCAUGCGAAUGGCAUUGUCAAUGGGCGGCUCGGGAACUUGUCGCCGCCAACUGCUGCCUCGUCGUCCACGGUUGCGGACCACAGCCCCACAACCAACUCUGUCUUCGCCGCGUUUGCAUUUGACACGGUCGACAUAAUGGCGUGUGUCAAGUAGCGGCCCUCGACGGUGUGUAUAUUUUGUGUAUGGGGGUUUAUAUUUUUCGGCCAAAUCCCCACGGUGUUUUUCAACACCACCCUUGCAGUCACAAGAAACGCUAUCGUGCCGCUUGUGUUUCCAAUGUCCAACUUGAUCGAGCAGCCUCCGUCAACCUUCCUCCUACCUGUUGAGCCAUUCCGCCAGUCGAUGCGGUGUCGUGCACAUCGCCACACAAGCAUCCGAGCAGCGACAGGACGCCACGUCCGUGAACGGAGGCGGUUGGUCGGGUAUGCGUCGACGAUGCCGUGCGCGAGAUGCAGCCUCAAUCAAGAUCGUAGUUUUACCCUCUCCUGUUUGCAUGGACGAUUGGCUCUAUCCCUUCGUGGAAACGGGACCAGAA